AUGGAUUUUGAAUCAUCACAACAUUUAAAUAUUCAUUCUUCGGAAGAGGAUUUAUCAUUGAUCAGUGAAUCAAGUGGUAAUAAUAAUAAUAAUAACAAUAUCAGCAGCAACAGUAGUAGUAGUAGUGGUACUAUUAGUAAUAUUAGUAGUACAUCAGAUAUUAUUGGAAGUAUUACUUCAUCAAAAACAACUGAUAACGAGGUUUUUGAAAUUAGAGAUUUCUCAACACUUUCAUCAUGGGAAAAAUUAAUAGAUAAAUUUGAACAAUUAAUAUUAGCAUGGUUUAAUAGAUUUUCCAAUUUUCAAUUUACACCCACUGAAACAUUCUUCUAUAAGAGUCAUAUCAUUCAAUUUAAUGGAACUAAAUAUUUAUUUUCAUAUUAUAAUUUUAAUCAAUCAUCUUUAUCAGAAGAAGAACAUGAUCAUCAAAUAGAAAAGGAUUUUCUUCAUAGAUCUCAUCAUUUAACUAGAUGGUUUGGAGUUAAAGAAUUUUUCAUCAUUUCUUUAUAUAACAAUAAUAAUAAUAACAAGCCUUCAUCUUUAUCACCAUUUCAUUCUUAUCAUCAUUCUAAUAAUAAUAAUAAUUCAUCCAAUAAUAAUUCUAAUAAUUCAUCUCAUAAUAAUUCAAAUAACAUUUCAAUUCAAUCAUCAACAAGUUUAUCAUCUGCAUUAUCAGUUUCAUUAUCAAAUUUAAAUAAGAAUGAAAUAUCAUAUUUUAUAUUAUUAAAUAAUGAAUGUUUAAAUUAUAAUGGAAGAUUAAAUUCUAAAAAUAAUCAAGUUACUAAAUAUAAAAGUGAAUCUUUAUAUGAAAAACAAUUAAAUUCUUCAUAUAUAACAUCAUCUUUAAUGAAAUUAAGUGGAAUGAUUGAUUUAUUUUGUAUAAAUUUAGGUAAACAUAUUAGAAUUACAAAUGAAUUAACUAUUAAAUCUAGAUAUACAUUUAUAUUACCAUAUUUAAAUAAUGAACAAGUUGAAGAAGAAGAAGAAUGGAAAGAUUCAGGCUUUGAAAUAUUAUCAGAUCAUGAAAGUGUAGAUUUAGAUGAAGAAUAUUUUGAAAUUGAAAAUGAUGAAAAUUUAGAAUUAAAAGAAAAUAUAAUUAAAAUUAUUGAAAUUUCACCUGGUAAGGAAAUUAAAAUUCCAAAAACACAAAAUCCACCACAAAAUACAGAAGAUGUUAUUGAGGAGGAACGUGAAAUUUUAUCAAAUAUGAUUUCAUCAGAUCAGAGAAUUAGAUUUCAAUGUGAAGGUUUAAUUUCUGAUAUGCAAGCUUUUAAAUUUGUUAAUCCUGGAUGUGAAUUUUCUGAUUUUUUAUUAUGGUAUUCACCUAAAGAUGUUAAAGAUGAAAAUUUAAGUUCAAGAAUGAAAAUGAAUGAAAAUAUUUGGAAGAAAUUUUGGGAAGAAUCAAAGCCUUUACCAAUUUCAAAACAAAAACAAAUUUUUGAUCACAAAUUACAAGCAGAAAAAAUUAUACAUCAAAUUGAAACUAUGGAUUUUGAUAUUAUUUUACAACAAUUAAUGAUAUGUACAUUAACAGGACAUUAUUACAUGUUAAAAGAAUGGUGGAUUGAUUUAAUUAUGGAUAGUACAGAUAUAUUUAGUAAUGAAUUUAAACAAGUUGAUAAAAAAUUAGAUUUAAAUUUACCUUUAAUUAGAAUUGUAGAAAGUAAAUUUUUAAAAACAAAAGAAGAUUUAAAAUUAUUAUCUAAUAAUAGAUUACAAGAUAAUAAUGUAAUUUUACAAUGUGUUGAAAAUAUUCAAGAUUUAGAAUUAUCAAUUUCAAUUAUUUUAUCAAUCAUUUCAAAAAUUUCAAUUCAAGGAAGAAAAUCUUUUAUGGAAAUUUAUAAUUCUUCACAAUUUUUAUUAAUUUCAUUAGAAAAUUUAUUAAUUAAUUCACAAGAUUAUAUUCAAUUUAAUAAUACUAAUAAUAAUAAUACUAAUAAUACUGAUACUAAUAAUGCUAAUAAUAAUAAUAAUGAAAAUAUUAAUGAAAGUAUAUGUGAAUUUAUUAAUGAUCAAUUAGAUUCAAAUUCUAAUAAUAAUAAUAAUAAUAAUAAUAUUGAAAGAGUGAGUGAAUUUAUAUUAAGAUGUACAGCUCAAAGACCAUAUUUAAUAUCAGAACCUACUCAACAAUUAAUGUAUGCUCUCAUAUCAAGAGAUGAAAUUAGAGUUUCAACUGCUUUAACUGAAAAAGUACCUUGGUAA